UGACCCGCAUUUAGUUUUAGCUGGUUUUAGUUCAAGCUGCAUAAAUUAUGGAAUGAAUGAUAGAAUUUAAACGCGCUCUUGCGUGUUAUGUUAUUUGAUGUGUUAAUAUGUUUUGUCACAUAAUUUUCGGAAUUGUUAAGCAGGCUCAAAUAUUAGUUGAUACUCGUCACCAAUGAGCUCAUAUUUAAUUCACAUGUGAGUGCAACUAACCUCUUUUUCUGAUUAUCUCUUGAGACAGGCUUUCUUCCAAAAUGAAGUGUUUCCUUUGCCUUCAAGGAGAUCCAAGGUUGAAAAAAUGCACCAAUAAGUUUUUUACUAAAAUCAAGCAUGCCAUUUUCAUCAGAGCAACAUUACAAUUAAAGUAUGGUGACGUUAUCUUGCCUGAAGCGUUUGACAAAGACCUAUAUUACCAUUCUCAGUGCUACAGAAACGUUAACUCGAUUGGAAAAAAAUAUUUGACAGAGUACGAGUUACAGCUCAGUGAUGGGGAGAUACAACACCCAAAGAAUUUCGUUGACUACAGUACAUGUGUUGAAAGAGAAGGUCCUGUACCUGAAGUGGAAGACAAUACUCGGGCAGUGGACGUAUUAACAGAAGUUGAUGCCGCGUCAGCCACAGAUAGACCCUGUGAUACUGAUUCAUCUGCUGAUGUCGAGAGUGCUGUAGAACAGCCAAUAAGUAUUGUUGUCAACGGCUAUGAUUUAGCUAAUCCCGAGAUUCUCAUAGCCGAGCCGCUUGACAAAAGUUUCAGAGAUUCAACGUCUGCCUGCUUCUUUUGCAAUGUGACAACCACUAAAAAAAAAGGUCGUCUUUGCACUUCCAAGGAUGGCAAAGUAUUAGAAACGAUUGAACGCAGCGCUACGAUUCUCAAAGACGUCUGCAUUCUGAACAAAUUGGAGUACUAUAGGAGUCAAACUUUCAAUGUUUUGUAUCACAAGCCAUGUUUAUCUACUUACAUAAUUCAAAGUAAUCGGUUGACGUUAAGCCAUAAAAAUGAGAAAAAUUACAUAAGAAAUAAUUUAAUUAAGGAAGCCGAAAACACCAUCCGCUCAUUCAUACAGAAGAGGGUCGUGAAUGAGAAAAAGUUGUACUUCCUUUCACAUUUGGAAGACAAAUAUAUUCAAGAGACUAAAGCGUUAUUUCAUUGUGCUUUUCUUAAUUCUCCGAUUCACACACAGCGUAGUUUAAGAAGUAAGUUGCUACGGUGGUUUCCUACACGCAUAAAAUUUGUUGAAUUCCAAUCAAAAACCAUAGUGGCUCCCACCUCCUUUUGUCCGGAAGUUGAAGCACACGAGUUAUCCACGGAAUUAUGUGAAAGUCAGUGUAGUGACGAGGCCACGAGUAUUUCAUAUGAAUCAGCUUUAAAUGUUGAAUCAACGAAGUUAGACAGUGAUAAUAUUGAUCACGUAAGUUCGGAAGAGUGGGAGAGUGAGGAGUCACCGUGGCGAAUUACGAGCUUCUACGAAAAAAUAUUUUAAGAGUGACCGCAGUUGAAUAAAACAAUAAGUUUGAAAUCUACAAUGCAUCUGAGUACCGGUAAAUCUGCCACACCAGUACUACAGUGCGCGCGGUCCUGUUACUUAUUGGCCACACCUUGUAUGUAAUUUCCCACUAAUAAUGUCGUCACUUACUUAUUAAAUAGUUAUUUAUAAAAUAAGAGAUCUUAUCGCGUGGUUAAACAAAAACAAUAUUGUCGAAAUGGUUGAAAGUUGCGGGUACAAAAGAUAGCGAGACCUUUAAUUUUUACCGACUAUUUUAA